CUUCUACCGACGAUGGCCGAUUGGGAUUAUCACAAUAUGAAUAGUGGGAGAAGUUCUCCUCAAUCGAGGUCUCCAAUAUGUUCUUCUCCUCCCAAAUAUGCUGAAAUGGAGCUUCAACACUUGGAGCGUAUUCCGCCUCCAAGACAUCCGGUGAAAAUUUUACUUUUAGAAAAUGUUCAUCAAACAGGUGUAUUGUUAUUUGAAAAGGAAGGAUUUCAGGUUGAGCUUUUGAAAACUUCACUUACAGAGGAAGAAUUGAUGGAGAAAAUUAAAGACGUGCACGUCAUCGGUAUUCGCAGCAAGACCAAAAUUACAAAGCGAGUCUUGGAGAACGCUUCCAAGUUGCUAGCAAUUGGCUGUUUCUGCAUUGGAACUGAUCAAGUUGACCUUGAAGCCGCGGAGCGUUUGGGCAUACCAGUGUUCAAUUCUCCUUUUGCAAAUACUCGGUCAGUAGCGGAACUAAUCAUAGCAGAGAUUGUGUGUUUGAGUAGAAAACUAUUUGACGUUUCAAAAGGUUGUCACGAAGGUCAAUGGUUCAAGUCGGCUGUUGGUUGUCAUGAAAUUCGUGGGAAAACUUUAGGAAUCGUUGGUUAUGGUCAUAUCGGCUCUCAACUUUCUGUUCUUGCAGAGUCACAGGGCAUGAAUGUUAUAUUUUAUGAUAUCAUUCCAGUACUCCCUCUUGGAAAUAGCACACCUUGUAAAUCACUGGAAGAAGUGCUUUCGAAUUCCGACUUUGUUACACUGCAUGUACCCAAGUCUCCUCAGACGGAGAACAUGAUUGGCGAGAAGCAAAUCAAGUUGAUGAAGAAAGGUGCUUAUCUUUUGAAUGCGUCCCGUGGCACAGUAGUAGAUCUGAAGGCACUGGCGGACUCUCUUAGGUCGGGUCAUCUUGGUGGUGCUGCAAUAGAUGUAUAUCCAAAAGAGCCCAAGGCCAACGGUUCCGGUUUUGAAACACCACUUCAGAAUUGUCCCAAUACAAUUCUUACUCCUCACAUUGGAGGUUCUACAGAAGAGGCACAACAAAUGAUUGGGGAAGAAGUUGCAACCGCGUUGAUAAAACUUGUUAGAAGUGGCUCUACUGUGAAUGCUGUGAAUUUCCCGAAUCUCGAAGUACCAUUUACCUCAUCCAGUCAUCGGAUUCUCAACGUUCAUAGGAACGUACCAGGAGUCUUGAGGGAUAUUAAUAAUAUAUUUGCAUCAAGAGAUACUAAUGUGAAAGCACAAGUACUGGGUACGACAGCUGACAUAGGUUAUCUUAUUGUUGAUGUGGACAAAGAAACUUCAGAAGAAGUUAAAGAGGCCAUAGCAUCACUAAAACCGAGUUUGCGAACAAGAAUUCUAUAUUAGAUAUUUUUUCACUUUCCUUUUGGAUAGUGACGUAGUUGAUUAGAAUUUGAAUAAACUGCCCCAAUCUUGUAUACCCUACUAGAGUAACUCCGCCUUCUACUCGAGCGCUACCACCACAGUAUU